CUACUUUCGUUGCAUAUUUGUUUCCCUCUGCUGUGGCAUGAGAGAAACAGCCGCCUCUGGAGUACCACCCACUUACCAGCACUUCGAUAACUCUCAGAUGUAGACUUAAAGACUCUUUCACUCUCUCCACUUGUAUUCCCCUCUGUCACGAUGGGCAGCUAUAGCUCAGCCCUCAUUCCUGGUGACACUCAUGAUGACGGAGGAGAGAAAAGAAAACCAGAGUGAAGACCCAGAUUCUUUAACACCUCAAGAAAACGCUCAGGAAACACGGCACAAUGGGGCUGCCCUGCCGGCAGCAGCCCCCACACGCGUGCCCAUGCAGUCCUUCACCUCCCUGUUACCGAAGGCUCUCUCUGCUGUGCUCCAUCUGGCGGCUCCUCCGGGCCUCAACUCCGACCCCCAGCCAAGCAGAAGCCCACCCAACCUGGAACAACUGCAGACGGAGCUGAGAGACCUGAGGGACCAGUUUGAGCUGAUGAAGAGUCAGCACAACAAAGAAAUCCAUCUGCUGAUGAAUGAGCUCGAUGAGGAGAAAAGGAUUCGCUUGACUUUGCAGAUGGAGAUUCAACGUAUGAAGAAGCACAUGUCUAAAUGAGGGGAGUGGAGAACUUCUACGUUAUCAAAGACACGUUUAAAGGUCCUGUUGUACACUUAUCUGAUAAAUUAUAUUUUUCUAAGUUUUAGAAAAAUCAUCGUUGCUCCUUUUUGAUUGUAUUUUCUUGACAUUUGUGAAUUGGUCUGGAGGGCUGAAUGUUUUAAUGAUGACAUUAAAAUGAGAGAAUCUGUUGCAUUGCCCUGUUUUACAAUCAAUUGGUUUCCUAUAUCUCUGAAGAUGGACUCUUAAUAACCAGCAUUUGAAGCAUCCUGGAGUGGGGGAAAUGUUGUCUUGAUGUUUUCAUGAAGAUAAACAUGUGUUAGUUUGUUGAUUUCCCAUGACUGUUGGGAUGAAUAUGUAUCCUACAUCAUCACGGUCAAAUGGGUUUUCCAUAAUUUGUCCGUUAUCCAACUGUGUGGAAAACAUUUGACAGUGAAACAGAGAGGAGGAUAUAAAAUGAGAGCCAGCAGUUAAUCAGCUGCCAUAAUGUAUAAUAAUAAGAAGUGGAGGCACAAGCAUGAAGCUUCUUUCUUAUUUCAGGUGCAUUUCAUUUUCAAAUAUGUAAAUUUGCCUUUUGAUCGUAGAAAAAAAAUGCAUUGACCAAGCUGUCAGUGAGUUCAUCAGUUGUCACUAUGUAGAAGGUGAAUCCAUUAAAAAUGUCCCGUUAUCGACUUGCGAUUUUAUUAAUGAUAAAAAGUGCAUCAGAGUGGUGUUAUAUGUGAUUGAGGGAACGUCCUCUAUAGAACAUAAGUGCAGUUCAGUCUAUGGAUAGAAAGUCAUGUUGUUUUAUGGCGAUAAAUGUUCAUACUUAAUGUUUUCACUCUUAAUGAGAAAUUUGUGAUUCUACAAAAUCUGCAAUAGUUAUGUUUGUCUCUCUCAGUUUGACUAAAUUACGCCCUGAUCAUAAAAUGGCAUUACUGGUGUGAUUUCCAGAAUCAAACUGGAGACUCAUAGCAGACGAGAAGAAAAUAAUGUAAUUAAUAAGUAUUAGUUAAGUAAUGUAUUCUUUUAAACCCAGGGUCGCUUUGGUAGUUGAAGUCACAACUUCCAUUACUGAGAUAACGUCUCAUGAUAAAUCAUUGGUCAAAAGUCCAAUUCACCCGACAUAAAGAACCUUCUUCGGGCAAAAUGUUUCUUA